AUGGCGCUGUAUGAAAAAUACGAAACCACAUGGCCCGCCAUGUGGGAAAUCAUGAAAGCCGAUGACUUCCAAAUAACAUUGACUACCAUCGAAAUAAGUAGGGCUAAAUGGACUGCCACCGUCAAGCACAAAGCCAUUUAUGCCGACUACCACUUGCAAGUCAAAUUGUACUAUGUGGAAAAAUUGAUGUGGCGCGAGCUCUUCAAAAGCCAUCCUUUCCCUGGAGUCAAGCCCAAGCCAGUUACAGGUGCACAACCAGCAACAGGCGAGAGCUCGAAGUCCAAUGACAAAGGGAAAGACACGAAGAACGCCAACGCCCCUCCUAAUCUUACCAAAGAACAGGAGAAUUCCGCCAAAGCUAAAGCGAUUGCUGAUGCUGCUGCCGCCAAGAGAACUGCUGAAGCUGAAGCCUCCAAAGCCAAAGCAAACGCCGAUGCCGCCGCCAAGAAAGCUGUCGAGAAAGCCAAAGCAACUGCCAACGCUGCCGCCGCCAAGAAAGCCGCCGCCAAGAAAGCUGCCGACAAAGCAACUGCUGAAGCUGAAGCUUCCAAAGCCAAAGCAAUUGCUGAUGCCGCCGCCAAGAAAGCUGCUGACAAAGCCAAAGAGACUGCUGAUGCUGCUGCCGCCAAGAAAGCUGCCGACAACGCCAAAGCAACCGCCGAUGCUGAAGCCGCUAAAGCGAAAGCAAAAGCUGCUGCGGCUUCCUCAGCCAAACCCACUCCACCUUCCGCUCCCUCCAGAUUACCAAGACCGCCAAUGCUCACCAAACAAGACAACAGCAGUAUACCUCUAUACGCAGUUGGUCCUGUUCAUCCCCAUUCAGCCAAAUCAUGGCUUAUUGGUGCUCGAGGUAGAUCUGUGAUGGCGGUGGAAAAGAAGUUUCCCAAUGUCCGGAUUCAAUGUGGAACAUUUAACCUCCAUUUAAUGUUCUACGCCGAACCAUGGACAUUGAAACUCAAAGACGACCAGAAGGUUCGUGACGCGUGUGCGGAGUGUCAAAAAUUUCUGGGAGCGUACUCCCGGGAGGCCGCUAAGGUACAGCCAAGAUCCAAGCCACUGUUUGCCGACGGGUAUUUUCCUACUUGGGCAGCUACAGUUGGCUAUUCACCUGCUGCAGCCCCCGCUACAAAUGCUCCACUUCGUCCAAAUGCUACUUCAGGUACGACUUCAUCUACUCCUCCAGCUCCACAGGAUCUCAAAAAAAUCGACGAUGCUCUAGAGAGUGACCAUAUUGGUUCUUGGUCAGAGGAAGUCGAAGCCGAAGAGCUUGACGAUGAAGUUAAAGAUGAUAAAGUAGAAGAAGAAUGGGUGAUUGAUGUACGCAUUGCUAGGCAGAAGAAGUUGAUCGCUCAUCAUAAAUCAAAGCCAAGAUUUCAUGGUAAGAGUGAUGAAGACAUCUGGGAAAUCUUGCAGGAAGAUUAUGCGUGGGAUGAAGAAUUCCAAGACUUCGCCGGGUUCUCGGGGGUUGAUGGCGGAGAUGAAGGCAGAGGUUCGUGGGAUUGA